AAAAAGGAGGAACAAUUAUUAGAAUAUUCUCGAAUGUACAUAUUUCACUGUCAGAUCGCUCAUUGAUACCUCGAGUAAUUGGUACAACGGUUAAAAAUAGAAUGGACUCGUUUACCUACAUAGAAUUGAGAACAAUCGAGGUUUAAUCGUCGAGAAUCAGUAGUACACGCGGUGCGCGAAUGAAAUAGAAAAAUAGAUGUUUUAUAAGUAAGUCAUUAAACAUCGCGUGACUAGUAGUUUCAUGGAAACUGUCCGCAUUUUGUGCACCGCACGCGUCGACGAGCACAAACCGUUGUUUCGUACCUCCGCUACCGGUAGUAGCAAUUUUGCUUCUGUUUUUUAAUAAUAAUUGCUUACAAAAGUUUCUUACUGUUCAUACUUGCCGAGUUGCUGAAGAUAUACUUAUAGGAUUGGCGAUCUUUUUUUCAUAUAUCCUUCUUUGAAAUUUAUUCUUUUUAAUUGUUUAAAAUCGGACGCAGUAUCGCGAAAAUAUUGUUCGGGUGCAAUCAGUUGAUUCGCCUUGAGUUAUUGUGCGCGUGAAUCAAAUCGCAAUUAUUCACGGUACUUUGUAGCAACACCUAAACGUUCAGUAGGAAAUACAAGGCAUCCUGUGUGUACAUAAACGUCGACUGGCGUUAUAAAUCGUUCAAUAGAGGACGAGCCACUGGACGGAAAACAAGUCAUGUCGCGGCUCCUCGCGUCGGCGUGUGCUAUCUCGAUCGUCCUAAUGAUUUCGGAAACCGUGUCGCUGGAUCGACCUGGCCGGGGUACGACGAGACAGCUCGAAUCGUCACCCUUGUUCUUGUUCCACUUGCUGAAGCUGAAGCACAAGAUUCAGAGAAUAGAGAACAUUCCGACCAUACCGUCAACCGCGGAUUGCAUUUGCAUACCUCACUAUCUGUGUGACAUCAAUGGUACCGUCACGCCGGAUAAGAUCGGAACGAUCGAUAUUCGAUAUAGAAGAUGUACGGGUGACUUGGAAGUCUGCUGUCGCCUGGUGAACGCAACCACCACGACAACUACUACUACAACUACGACCAUGCGAACUACCACGACAACUAAAGCAACUACUACAACAACUAAAGCAACUACUACAACAACUAAAGCACCAACGACCACGACCACGACCACGACCACAACUCUUCCGCCAAUUAUAUUCCCGAAUUCAGGAUCCCCUAAUGCUGAAAUCUGUGUAUGCGUGCUGGCGACGCAAUGCGAUCCAAAUGGAAUCAUUGGAUCGUCAGGCGAGGGUGUGAUCAACCCCCGAAUACAAUACGUCCAAUGUCCCAGCAGCAAUCAGGUCUGUUGCAUGCCAACAGCAGUGAUACAGUAUCCUACAACUCCUCGUCAAAUCUGCGUCCUUUGUGGAAGCACGAUCCAGUGCAGCAAUGGGGUCGUGGUUCCCGUGAACGUCGGGGUCGUGAACCCCGUGGUGACCUACCAACAAACGUGCCCAGUGCCCACUACCUGCUGCCAAGGGGUUAAUCCAAUAUACAACAACGGGAUUCCAGUGGUACUGGGGCCCGUCAGGUACGCCAACACUCCUCAGGCUUGUUACUGCGUCAAGAGCUGGCUGUGCGCCCCUGGAAACUCGGUCAGUUGGGAUAACGCUGGCGCCAUUGACCCCAGGUUUUCCGCGUGUUCCUCGGCGGACGAGGUUUGCUGUCGAGCUGCAACAAUCGGGGUGCAAAGUGGUCGUAAUUUACAAGAUGGAACGGCGGAGAACAUAAUGAACGGAGAGGCUUCGUUUUCUCAAGUGGGAUGCGGCCUCUGGAAUAGGACGUAUGCCCCAGCACAGCCGUACCCUGCGGGCAGUGGAAGAACCUACUUCGCGGAGUUUCCAUGGAUGGUUGCCCUCCUAACGGUGCAGUCGGAUGGCAAGUACCUGUUCCAAUGCGGUGGAUCGCUGAUCACCAAUAAAGCUGUCCUAACAGCCGCUCAUUGCGUCAACAACCUGAGCAACAAUAGAUUGGUGGCGCGCAUCGGUCAGCUAGACUUGGAAAAAGGACCCAAAGCUCAACCAGCGCCCUAUCAAGAUGCCAACGUUAGGGUUGCUGUGACCCACCCUUCAUUUUACAGCGCAGCUCUGUUCAAUGACAUCGCAGUGCUCAUUUUAGACAAACCAAUCAAUCAAAGCAUCAACGCUGUUCCCAUUUGCAUACCGCAACAGGGAUUGAUUUUUCCUGAUGGCACCCAGUGUAUCGGGACAGGCUGGGGAAAGAACUCUUUUGGUGGUGCAUACCAGACCGAGCUGAGGAAGGUGGAGAUUCCCAUUGUAAGCAGGGCCGAUUGUCAAAGUCGACUUAGGACCACGAAAUUGGGCCCAUAUUUUCAGCUGCAUGGCUCGUUUUUGUGCGCCGGGGGGCAAGUAAAUAAAGACACGUGUCAAGGGGACGGUGGGGGUCCUUUGGUCUGUCCGACGGCCACCGGCCAAUUCUUUCAGGCUGGCAUCGUGUCUUGGGGGAUCGGUUGCGGCACGUCGAAUGUACCCGCUGUUUAUACAAACGUCGCUCAGUAUACACAGUGGAUCGAUCAACAACUGGCAACUUACGGAGCGUGACAAUACACUUAUGCUGAUAACAACCUGCACGAGACGGUCCUGAUUAGAAGAUUAGGUGAUUAUCUUAGGUAAGACACAAAUUUAUCUUAACAUAUUUAGUCAAUGUAAAAUUCGAGUCUGUGAUC